CAGCAGCAGCCCCGAGCCAAUUCCUUCAUCGUUCUCCUCGCGCCCUCCACCACCAUCGACACCAUGAAGCUUUUCGCCGCCGCCUGCUUCGUCCUCUUCCUCCUCAACAUCGCAGGCCGUGUGGCGGAGGCCCGAGCGGUGGCCGGCAACGGCGACGCGGCGACCCAGCGGCGGCAUCACCGCCACCACCGUCGCCAUCACCACCACCUCCCCCGGGCGAAGCGGGCGCACAAGCUGUUCGUGUUCGGGGACGACUUCGCCGACAACGGCAACAGCGCCUCGGAUCCGGGGCUGGGCUCGGUCUCCCGCGCGUGGCGCUACCCCUUCGGCAUGUCGGACGCCGCCCACGGCCGGAAGGCCACCGGCCGCUUCUCCGACGGCCUGGUGCAGUCCGACUUCCUGGCCAAGAUCAUGGGGCACGGCGAGUCCCCUCCGCCCUACGCGGGUGACGGCGACAACUAGGACGACGGCAUCGACGCCUCCGGCAUGAACUUCGCCGUCUCUCAAGCCGGAGCACUGGAGGCGCCGCGGGGCGUGCUCAGGCUUCGCGCGCAGGUCCGGCAGCUCAGGGACCUGGUCCGGGACGGCCUGGUCGAUGACCGGGACUUCACCAACUCGGUGGCGCUCGUUGCCUACUCCGGCAAUGACUACGAAAGUGCCAACUACUUCGUACGUGAUCGAGCCAACACCAUCAUGCGAUCUCAUCUUUUAUUUAUUAUAUAUAUAAAUAUAUUGCAUCUUAAUUAUCUAUGCAAUUAUUGCAUUUGCAUACGCAGAAUCUGAAGGAUCUGGUGGCGAAGGUGGUGGACGAGGUGGCGAUCGUGGUGUCGCAGCUGCAGGACCUGGGCGUGGCCAAGGUGAUCGUGAACAACGUGCCGCCGUUCGGGUGCUCGCCGUGGCUGGCCAGGGCCUCCAACUACAGCUCCUGCGACGACGACGGCAACGUGAGCUCCGACGAGCACAACACGGCGCUCCGGGACCGGCUGGGCGGCGAGGAGGGCGUGAUGGUGCUGGACGUGAACAGCAUCAUCACCAACCUGGUGGCGCCCAAGGAAGGCUCGGCGCUGUACGAGAGGCAGUUCGCGGAGCGCCUGCGCCCCUGCUGCGAGGCCGACGGCGGCGACGGCGGCUACUGCGGCCGCGACGGCGGCUACUCGCUCUGCAGCCGCCCGGAGGAGUACUUCUACUGGGACGUGGUGCACCCCACGCACGCCGGAUGGAGGGCCGUUAUGCAGCUGCUCCAGGGGCCAAUCAAGGCGUUCCUCGGCAUCUCGGACCUCGAGCACUUCUAUCUCGAUCGGUCGAUCAUUUCCUCCAGGGAAUAAUAAAAUGGACGGCGAAGACUAGCUUAGCUGGUUUGGAUUUGGUAGUUUGUUAGUUUGGAAUAAUUCUUCGUCGUCAACUCUUGUCGCAAUUAGUCAGUUUUAAUUUAGUUUGCUAGCUAGUGGAUAGAUCUUGUUAGUCUGGUGUUGCUGCAACCUGAAAGAUUAUUGGUUUGUUAAUCGAGCACACACAUGCAACUCUUUUAUCUAAAAAA